UCCAUACUUCAUCUUACUUUAAUUAAUUUCAUCUCUCAUGCAUAUGAUCAGCAAGGACUCUAAUCAUCGCGGGCGGGCAGCAGGGAUUGCGGUAACUUAAUAGUUUGAAAAGGAUUCGUGGGACAAGCUCAUCAUCAUCCGACCAAUAUCCAUCAAAAUGAGGGGGAAACAGGUUUCAGGAAAGGCGAUGCUGAUUCUAUGUAUUGCAAGUUUUUUUGCAGGAUCACUGUUCAGUACUACAAGCCGCACAUGGAGUAGUACUAGUACUAGUCUAGAUAGUGAUGAUGAUCAACCUAAUGGCGGCCGUGAAGCUCAUCCAUUUCCCAUCGUUUCCAAGUACCACAUCCACAACCACCUAGACGAAACAGCCAAUUCCAAAGGGGCAGCAGCACUAGUCACACAAACUAAUUGCAAUGAUGAUCACAAGCGAAAACUGGUUGAAGGAAAAUCUGGUGAUGAUAUUAUGGGGGAGGUGGCAAAGACUCAUCAAGCUAUCAAAUCACUGGAUAGGACAAUUUCAACACUGGAGAUGGAAUUGGCGGCAGCUCGAGCAUCAAACCAGAGAAUGAGUUCAUCAUCUAAAUUUAAUCCUAAAAGACAGAAGGCUUUUGUUGUCAUCGGAAUCAAUACCGCCUUUAGCAGCAAGAAACGGCGAAAAUCAGUUCGAGAAACCUGGAUGCCUACAGGAGGUGAGCUGAAUAAGUUGGAGAAGGAGAAAGGGAUCGUAAUACGGUUUGUGAUAGGACGGAGCGCGACUCCUGGAGGGUUACUUGACAGAGCGAUUGAGGCAGAAGAGGCGGAGCACAACGACUUUCUUAGGCUCAACCAUGUGGAGGGCUACCACGAGCUCUCCACCAAGACCCGCCUCUAUUUCACCACCGCCAUCUCCAUUUGGGAUGCCGAGUUUUAUGUCAAGGUCGACGAUGAUGUGCAUCUCAAUCUCGGUAUGCUAGCGACUACACUUGCAAGGCACCGGUCCAAACCCAGAAUUUACAUUGGUUGCAUGAAGUCAGGCCCAGUUCUAUAUCAAAAAGGGGUGAAAUAUCACGAGCCGGAGUACUGGAAAUUCGGGGAAGAAGGGAACAAGUAUUUCAGGCAUGCCACCGGCCAAAUCUAUGCCAUCUCUAAGGACCUCGCUGCCUACAUUUCCACCAAUUUGCCCAUAUUGCAUAGGUAUGCGAAUGAGGAUGUGUCGCUGGGCUCAUGGUUUAUUGGACUUGAAGUUGAGCACAUCGAUGAACGUUCUAUGUGUUGUGCCACCUCUCCAGAUUGUGAACGGAUGGCACAAGCGGGGAAUGUUUGUGUGGCGUCAUUUGACUGGAAGUGUAGCGGGAUAUGCAACUCGGUUGAGAGGAUGAAAGACGUGCAUAACUCAUGUGGCGAAGGAACUGGAGCUGUUUGGAACCUUGACCUCUAAUUCAUUCGCAUUAUGAUCCACGGAUGACUUGAUGAAUUUUUCCAAAGAUUUUGCACCUGUUCCUCUUUUGUUUUGUUGACGUUUAUCUAAAUUUUUGCUAUUGUUCAAUAAAUCUGAGGAUUAUGCAAACAUAAAAUGUAUACAUAGAAUUUGAAUUUUUACAAAGGCAGACAACGGCUUCAGCACAGGAAUAGACCACCAUAACAGGGAUAUGAUGUCUAAU